UUUUGGAAAUGACUUGUGGUUUACGUUGGAGACAGCGGUCGGUUUAUCACAUUUUAAACGAGAAAAGUCCCCCGAUGGGAGUAUGUUGACGGUGUGUCAUGUCUCAGCGGUUAUGACGCAUAAUAUCGGUUUGCUGUAUGUAAAUUUGUGCUUAGUCGAUGGGGUUCAGACUUUGUGGUGCAUGAACUGUGUAUUGGGAAGGCCAGCUCAGGCAGCGGGGUAAAUUUACAUGGUCGCCCGGGCUGUGUAGACGGAGGGGGCGAAUGUGCUAACGUACGGUACGCACACAUGGACACUCCGCCCCCUUCGCCAUAUCUCAUAUCACGGUCAGUUGAAGUUGUCCCAUGAAGCAAAGCGUGCUCUUGUUUUACCGAGGCCCACAGCGACAGAUUGGGAUUGUUGAGGCAAGGAAAGCGCAGUUAAGAAUGAUGGCAUAAAUGGUGAAGGUGCUGGACUUAAAGAGGAAGAGCGAGCGAGCGAGAGCGAGCGCAGGAAGAGGGGGGGUCGCCACAGCGGGAGGGAGACCACAGUUGGACGUGCGUUUCUGCCCUAGCGAAGGAGCAAGGGAGGAACGAAGAAGAAAACCUUAACAUAAAAAAACGAGGGAGAGAAAAAUUGUUCGAAAGAACGAGAGGUGUCUCGUUUUAUUUUUUGUUAGUGCCGUGUGGCGUCACAUCGGCUAUAGGCAGCUGCUAACUCUCUCUCCCCUGCACACCAACGACCUCCAGGCGACCUUCAGACGACCCCUAGACGACUUCCGUCACCCCCCUACUGUCCUCUCCUCCAUCCCUCCCUCCUCAGAGAGGCGACUUAACUAACACCAAAUUCCUUCACGCACAUAUUCCACACAAACUCGCAGGCACUCGCUCGUUCGUUCGUUUGCUCGUUCGCACGUCGUGAUUGUACACGUGUGUUGUUCUCGCCCUCUUUUGAGCUCCUACAUCCGCUGCCAGCCUGCUAGUUUACUAGUCAAGGCUGCCGGACUUACCCAGCUCUUGCGUUUCGCAUCGCUACAUACAGGAAUAAACACUUGUUUCUUUUUUCUUCUUGCAGAUUACUGAGGUUGUUACUCGUUUAUUUGUUCUCUCUUUGUAUCUUGUAAGCGUAAUUUUUAUUGCUUGUUUUGUUUUUGGUUCGGUGAAAGACGGAUUAUUAACAGAAGUGCCCAGUAUUGUUUUUGAUUAGUCUUUUUGGUUUGUUUUUCCCAUCAUUUUUUGGGAAAAUUGCCUUUUUUGUUGUUUGGUUUAGUGGCAUUUUUGACCCUUCUCCCGACCUGUACUUUCCCUAUUUUUGAGGCAGCUAUUUCCCCCUCUCUAAAUCUACCUUCCCUAACCUUACCUUGGAGUUUUCUCUGUCACACUUAAACGCACACACCCCUACAAAAACACACUCUCGCUCCCGUGGAUAUACACGAGCCUACGGUCACAUAGAGAUACCCUUAAAAAAAACACGCACAGAAGAUCAGACAGUCAAACUCGUGUACACACACACACACACACAUCUAUAAACACACUCUGUAGCACAUACACAAUCACUGGAGCCAGAGACGACUCUUGGAUCCACACUCAACUCACCUGCUCCGAUCUUUAGGACAGGACUUUCAGCCCUUGAAGGACGGGAGGAAUAUGACUGCUGAGACUCUUAAUUUCGGCCCAGAAUGGCUCCGUGCACUAUCCAGUGGGGGCAGUGUGACGUCCCCUCCCCCCUCCCCUGCCAUGCCAAAGUACAAGCUGGCCGAAUACCGAUACGGCCGCGAGGAGAUGCUAGCACUUUAUGUCAAAGACGACAAGGUUCCUGAGGAGCUGCAGGAUAAGGAGUUUGCCUCCAUCCUGCAGGAUGAGCCUAUGCAGCCCCUGGCACUAGUGCCUCUAACGGAGGAGGAGCAGAGGAACUUCUCCAUGUCUGUGAACAGCGUGGCUGUGCUGAGGCUCAUGGGAAAAGGAGGCGGGGCCAUCCCUGCUGGAGUGGCGCGCGGACGAGGAGGCACGAGAGGAGGCCGAGGGCGAGGUCGAGGAGAGGGUGGUUUCUACCAAAGAAGUAUUGAGGACGCUGAGGUGGGCUUCAGCCGCUGUAGCAGAGAGAUUCACCGCAGCCAGAGCUGGGACGACAGGGGCGAGCGGCGUUUCGAGAAGCCCCUGCGUCGCGGCAGCGAGGGUGUGCGCGUGGGCUUUGAGGAGGCGACCGUGUUGCCGAGUGGGCGCAAGGACUACACAAGGUCCGACAGCGACAACUGGCGCACGCUGCGUGAGGAGCAGGAGGAAGAGGAAGGCGGAAGCAGCAUCAGCGGAGGAGGAGGAGGAGCAGGAGGAGCAGGAGGAGGAGGAGGAGGCCAAGCUGGAGAACCAGGAGGAAGACUGGACUGGAGACUGGCCGUGACACGCCGUGAUGAUGGGGGUCCUCGGUCCGCGGGCUGGCGCGAGCACCCUGGCGAGGGCCGGCGCAGGAAGUUCGACUUUGACUUCAGCGGCAGCGACGGCGGUCUGGGUCUGGCCGGAGGAGGCAGGCGGCGCUCGGGCAGCGAAGGACUGGAGGACGACCGCGACGGGCUGCCAGAGUGGUGCAUGGACGACGAGGACGCAGACCUGGGAACGUUCGACUCCUCUGGUGCCUUCAUGACUAUGAAGAGUUCUAAUGACCCCAUUCCAGAGGAGCAGGAUCUGGACUUCCAGGGAUUGGAGGAUGAAGAGGUCGACUUUGUAGCAGCCAGCGCCGCCCUGGAGGAGGAGAGGAGGAACUGCAGCGGCGAGGGACUGAGAGCGGAGAAAGAUGAGAAAGAAGUCGUGCCUGAGAUGGAGCAGCUGAAGCCAGUCUCUCCAUCUCCCCCUACCACCACCUCCUCCACCUCCCCUUCCUCCUCUUCCUCCUCCUCUCUUCCCUCCUCCUCUUUCCCCCUGUCCCUCCUGGCAGCCUCUGCCUCAGCUGCCCAUGCUCCUGCUUCUGUUGUUGCUGCUGCUGCUGCCUCCACUGAGCCCAUGCUCACCGCUCCACCUGCUGGUCUGGAGGAGCGACUGCAUGCUGCCAUCAACAAGAAGGCCACUGAAGACGGCGUGCCUCAUAUCAGCCCCCCCUCCUCCAGUCUGCCGUCCCCCGGCUCCUCUGCUGCUACCCUCCUCCCGUCACUGGGAGGAGACACCGAGGACGACGAGGGGAUGAAGCACCUGCAACAGGAGGCUGAGAAGAUGGUUGCGUCUCUUCAGGACUCGUCUCUUGACGAGGAGUGUUUCACGGCCGCGCUGCAGGAGAGCCGCAACACAGCCGGAGCCCUGCCGCUGUCCCACGACUCCGCCAUGAAGUGGUUCUACAAGGACCCCCAGGGAGAGAUCCAGGGUCCGUUCACCACGGUGGAGAUGUGCGAGUGGUUCCAGGCCGGCUACUUCUCCAUGACGCUGCUGGUGAAGAGGGGGUGCGACGAGGGGUUCCAGCCCCUGGGGGACGUCAUCAAGAUGUGGGGGCGCGUCCCCUUCGCCCCCGGGCCCUCCCCACCACCCCUCCUGGUCCGGCAGCAGCCGCCGCCACGCCAGCCCGCUGCUGCGCCCAGGCCCUCCACCGCCAACAUGGAGCAGCAGGAGCGUCUGAAGCAGAAGCAGCAGGAGCUGGCGGCCGCAGCCCUCUAUCAGCAGCUUCAGCAGCAGCAGCUAUUCCAGCUCAUCAACAGGUGUGGUGAGCAGGGUAUGAUGCCUUCGAUGAACAGGUCAAUGUCAGUGCCAGAUACAGGGUCCAUGUGGGACAUGCAUACCUCAGCCUCCCAGCCGUCAGGCUGUGAGGCCAGUCUAUGGGACUUAACAGUGAAUUCUUCAACUCAGGGUCCAACACUUGAACAGCUUCAAAAGCUCCAGCAGGAGAGGAGAGAGGCUGAACUCAGGGCCAAGCGCGAGGAGGAGGAGAGGAAGAGGAGGGAGGAGAAGAGGAGACAGCAGGAGGAGCACAAGAGGAGAGAGGAGGAGGAGAUGUUCAGACGCAAGCAGCAGUGUCGCCAGCAGCAGGAGCUGAUCAUGAAGCUGCUGGCCCAGAGCCAGAGCCAGGGUCAGGGGGGCGGAGGAGGAGGCCAGGCGGCGCCGGGCUCAGGCUGGAGCGGAGGCUCCGCCGCUGGGCUGGCCAAGCAGAGCAAGGCCCUGGGGCUCCUGGAGCUCCAGCAGGAGGCCGAGAGGAUGAAGCAGCAGCAGCAACAGCAGCGGGCACAGCAGCAGCAACGGGAGCGGAUGAUGUCUGGCCAGUGGGGCAGCGAGGGAGUGGGCGGCAGCAUGUGGUCCGGUGGGAGCGGCCUAGAGGGGAAGUCGGGUGGUGCAGGAGGCGGGUCUUCGGGCAGCAUGGGCCUAUGGGACGAGGCGCUGAAGAACCAGGCCAGCAGCAUGCGCGCCGCCAGCGGCAUGGGCCACAAGAACAGCCGCAGCAGCCCCUCUCUCACUGAGCAGUACAUGCUGCGUCGUAAGCGUACGGAGGAGGAGGAUAAGCUGCUGAAGCUGCUGCAGGGCAUGAAGCCUCAGGACGGCUUCACCACCUGGUGCGAACAGAUGCUGCACGCCCUCAACACCAACAACAACAACGCCUCCGCACUGGACGUGGCCACCAUCGUGGCGUAUCUAAAGGAGGUGGAGUCUCCAUAUGAGGUCUUGGACUUCAUCCGUUCCUACCUGGGCGACACCAUGGAAGCCAAAGAGUUUGCCAAGCAGUUCCUGGAGCGCCGUGCCAAACAGAAGGCCAACCAGCAGAGGCAGCAACAGCAGCAGCUCUCUAAGGAGGUGGCUGGAUUAGCUAUGAACAAUUUCGCUCUACAGGAUUCGGUGCGUGGCGUGACGCCCAGUGCGCUGCAGUCCAUGUUCCAGGCUGCCCAUGCGGCCAACAAGGGGGGCGUGGCCUACGACCAGGCCGCCAAGCUGAAGAAGAAACAGCCCAUGAUGCUGCACUCUGACCCCAGCAUCCUAGGCUACUCAUUCCAUGGUGCUGGGGACCGUCUGGGAGAGCUGGAGCUGGUGGAUGAUUACUGAUCUACAGCAAUACCUACCUGAGGCCUUUAUUUUUUUCUAUGCUACGUUUAUAAGAAAUAACGAAAAACAAAACGACAACAAAAAAAAAAUCAACAAAAAAACACACACAAUGUGGUGUCCAAGUAAUCGGACCACCAUAGUGACCAAUGUGCACUGCUAUGGGUUUGGGUCAGGGUGGGGUGGGUGAUUUUCGGGGUAUGUUGGAGGGUCGUGGUGGGGUUACUGAAUGCCAGGACGAUCGAGUUUUAGGGUGGGGUGGGGAGGGGAAAUGGAACAGAGGCUGACGAGGUGGAACCAUCUGUGUGCAAAGGGGGCGAUGAAAACAAAACAAAAAAUCCAACACCCCCUUUUGUCACCGCAGCAGUGGUUUUGGUGAGGAGAUGCUUGUUAUAGUACGGGAUUAUGGUGCGAGUGUGGUGGGUGGAUACUUUUUGUUUUCUUUAUUUGUUUUUGUUUUGUUUAUUUGUUUGUUUGUUUGUUUCUUAUGUUCUGGGUGGUGUUUGGAGAUUGGGUGGUAGAAUUUCCUCUGGCACUUAAAAGACAGUAAGCACCUUACAAAACUACAUGCACUUUAUCAAGUUUGGGAUUCUGAUUAGGGUUAUUUGUGUAAAAAAAACAACACAUUUUUUGUGUUAUGGGUGUGUUUUUAUGUUUUGUUUUUGUUUUUCUUAAAUAUGCGAACAUGUCACCCAUAUAGGUGAGGACGAUGAGGAAAAGCAUUCUCACGCUUCACCGUGCGAGUGUGUGUGUGUGCGCGCGCGCGCGUGUGUGUGUGUGUGUGAGUGUGUGUGUGUGUUCGCGCGCCCACGCAGAUGUGUGUUUGAGUGUUCGUCAGAACUGGAAGCUGCGCGUUUCUUUUCCCACAUUUUUCUGUGGGCAGGGCUUAAAACAGUGGGUGUUGUGGAUUUGUGUCUGUGCGCGUGCGCGUGUGUGUGUGUGUGUGUUUAGGAUAGGAUUGUAAACACAGAGGGACCGACGGUUUCAGUUAAACAAACAAAAAAAACCUAUGAGACAAACAAAAUCCAUUCUUGAAAGACACUGUUUAUUUUCUAUGUUUCUAUAAAGAGUAAAAAGCUAUUAAAUGAUUUAAAAACUUGAAGAAUUGCACUUGCAUAUAAAAAAUAACACAAAAAAACAAGACAAAAAAAUUCAAAGUUUAUUCAAAGAUGGAUAUUUUUGUGAAUGUGUGAAAUUAAGUAUGCAUGCGUUUUUAUUUUUUAUUUUUCAGGUGUGUGUGUGUGUGUGUGUGUGUGUGUAUGUAUGUGUGCAUGAAUGUCUUGCAGAAGUUAGUCAGAUGAUGAUGAUUACCCUGAUAAUGUCUGCAGCACAUGUAUUUGUUUUUGCUUUAGUUUUGCUUGUGUGAAGCUAACUUGAGGCCAUGUUGUUUAUUUCUAAGUUUUAAGUCAGUUAAUUUUUUUGUUUUUAUUUUGUAUUUCUGUCAAAGAAUGUCUGCUUGUUAUGUGUGUCCUCCUUCGAGGUGAGUGCGUGUGUGCCUGUGUGUGCAUGUUAUAUACCGGUGUGAGAAAAUGGAGAGAGCGCACACCCAUUACACAUUUUUGCGCAUUUCCCCAAUACCCCAUAUUUCUUUGUUUCUUUUACAGAAACGCAAUGUGUGCCACCCUUAUAAAUUCUUUUUCAUUGUCAUUACUUUUUAAGCAUGCACUUCUUUGCCUGCAGUCCCUAGUACGUGGGGCCGUAAAAGGUGGCGGUGAGGUUUAUCCAGCUAUGUGUAAUCUAGAGCCCACACCAUACCUCACACCAUCUCCGGUCAUCUGCCCAAAGGUUUUGCUUUGCGCUUCUCUUCCAAAACAUCCACAACUCUGUGCCUCCGUGAGGUUCUAGUAACUGCAUAGGGGUGAAGUGGACCUUAAGUGUGUGUGUGUGUGUGUGUGUGUGUGUGUGUGUGUGUGUGUGUGUGUGUGUGUGUGUGUGUGUGUGUGUGUGUGUGUGUGUGUGUGUGUGUGUGUGUGUGUGUGUGUGUGUGUGUGUGUGUGUGUGCGUGUGCGUGCGUGCGUGCGUGCGUGCGUGCGUGCGUGCGUGAUUGUGUGUGUGUGUGUACAGGUGCAACUUUUUUUUUCUUCCCAAAGCAUGAGGUAUCACAAGCGGUACUUAUUGAAUGAAUGUGUUUUGUGUGUGAAUAUGUAUGCGCGAUGGAUGGUGUAUUUUCAGUUAACUUGAGUUUGUGGGUAUGUGUGUGCGUGCGUGCUCGUGUGUACAGUAUGCGUGCUUCCACGUGUGCCUACAAACUUAUAAAAAAAAAAAGGGUCACAGUUCGCCGCAGCCAUGGAGAUUUCAAGAGGGGGUCAUUAUGGGGUGGUGAAGCUGUCUAUUUUGAACCUGUGCCUCAGCGGCUCAUUUACCCAUGAGUCCUUUCUGCAAGGCGUGCUGUCUCUUGAUCAUUCUCCUUAGGGUGUAGCACAGUUAAGCACCUGGGGCUGUAUUCCAAGAAGGUUGUGUAUUAGCUAGCAAACAUGGGGUGCAUUUCUCAUCAGAGAAGUUGUUAGCCUGUUAGCAACUUGGGUAGUUGCCAAUGGGAUAAUGCAUUGAAAACAACAAAGUAGCUAAUGAAGUAAGCAACUUUGGUUUUGAGAAAUGCACCCAUGGUUAUGUUAACCGGGAAGUAGUGGUUAAUCCACUAAUAUGACAGCCUACAGUAGUCCUAGUUGUCUUUGCCUGCAGGAAUCGUUUUCCGUAGUUGUCCUAUUAGCAGGUUUUUACCGCUUUUCUGUGGGUUAACUUUGCCAAGGUUUAUCGCUUCAUGAUGUUCUUGGAAUUACCUCCCUGGGUUCAUUAGUGGGGUGGUGGGGGAAACGAGAAACAAAAAAAGUGAGUCUAGUUAUUUUUGUUGUUUCUCUCCACAGGGAGGAUGUGAGCUUUGUUGCCUUUUGUCUGCUCUUUCGCUCUCACUCCUGUUUGAUGGGGGGACGAUUGAGUUAAUCUGAUUGUGAUCUUUUUUCUUUAAAAAGUAAAAAAAAAAAAAGUUGAGAGAAAAAAAAUACAAACAAAACAAAAAAAACCUAAAAAGAAAGACUUGGCAUCAUACUGUGCGAAGUGCACAAAAAGGUGCACACAUUGUUAGUAAAUUGUUACGUAUUCAUUGUUGUUGCUAUUGUCAUUGAUUUCUUUUUAUAUAUCUAUAUAUAAAGAAAUAUAUAUGCAUUAUAUACAAAGUUUAAAAGUAUUUGGACUACGAUUAAGCACUUGGGGCUGCUAAUUUUUGUUGUUUUUCCUUUUACUUUCAUUGCCACCAUGUGAAGUGUUGUAUUAAUUUUUUUUUCUCAAAAAAAAAAGAAAAGGUUGAAUGUAUUCCAAAAAAAUGGACAGGAAAAACACAUGAAGCCGAAGGACUUAUUUUUUUGCUCUCCAAUUCAAGAUGCAUACAUGGAGAAAAAAAGGGUCUCUGGCAACAAAGGCAGUAGGGAGUUGACCCUGGCUGCCUAUCAUUCUACUUCUGGAUUGUUCUGGACAAAAACAAAAUGAACUUGUGAAAACACUGCCUCCCACAGUCCUAUACAUAAAUGAGACAAUGUUAUUUUGAUGGAAAUAUAUACGAAAAAAAUCCUGACUUUUUUUGUUUCCUAUUCCUUACUGGAUAUUUUUUGUUUACAAACCAUGCGGAUUACUUUGGGUGCAGUUUUACUUUUCCUCUUUUUUUUUUUUUGGAGGGUUGGUUUUUGUUUUUGUUUCUUGGGUUUGGGGAGGCGGAGGGGGGCAGGGUCAGGGAUGGCAAUACAAGGCUGCUGUAACAAGGACUUUAAUGGAAACGACCCUUACGUAAUGGCAUUCAAGGGCGGAGAGGAUUACUCCACCACUGAUAUCCACAGGCUUUCCCUCUAUCGUUUGGUGGCAGCAUCGCCUGUGACGUGACGAAAACUGCAGACCUUUACAGUUUUUUUUUUGUUUUUUUUUUUAAGGGGAACGUCUGAGUUCGCAUCUCAGUUGUUUUCAUCCCUCAACAUUGACGAUAUAGAGAAAACUUGUUAUUCUCACGGUAGCCAUGUUUUUGUUUACUGAUUUUUUUAAGUCCUUGCCUCCUCUCAUUGCUUUGAUGGUUAUCAUAGUGGCAUACGGAAAGGACGGAAAAAAGCAACUUAAACCAACCUUUUCAUGACCAGGGACAACUCCUGGUUCAAUUCUUUUUUCCCUUUGAAAAUCCACUACAGGAAUAAUGGACAUAUCUUGUGAUGGAGUAAUACAAAAACGCCUAAGAAUUAAUGUGAGAAUUCUGUACAUAACUUCAAGCCUACUGUUGAAUUUGAUAAGCGAGCAGUCUGCGCAAACUGAAGAAGAAAAUAAAAUGCCUCCAUCCAUUUAAAGUUUUUUUCAAGUGGUGUUUUGUUGAGGGGCAAUUCCAUAAUAAUCAUGAUGAGGGCACGUGAGGAGACUUUCAAAAGUGCCCCCCCCCAACCUCCUCAUGCAUACGAACGACAAGACACUGCCCCUGGCGCCUUUGCUAUGCACUUUUUUUUGUUGAAACUGUGAGGUUCAUCUGCAUCGGGAAAAGAGCACUAAACUUUGCCCUCUUGACCAUUUCAUACAAAACAAAAGAUUAAAAAUAAAUGAAAAACUGCUAUAACUGAACUCAUGGAGGGAAGGAUCCUCCUAUGUAUGUUAUAUACAUUUUCCAAGUCUUCUGUUGUCUGGAAGAAACAAUAUGUGUGGGAAAAAAAAUGCUUCUGACAACAGAUGAAGGAAUUUCAUUCACAAAUAUGAAUGUUUCUCUGAACAGUUUUUGUACAGCAAGUGGAAAUGUAAAAAAAACAAAAAGAAACAAAAAACAGUAUCAUUGGUCCCAUUGACUUCAUUACUUGCCGCUGAAGGUGAAAUGGACACCAGUAGAAUGGGACAUACUUGACUAGAACAAACAGAUUUCUCAGUGCCACAGAUUGAAAAAAAAGACAGCAUCCACCCUUUUGUCCCUGCAAUUUCACUGUGGGAAUCAGAAGAGUAGGUUACUAGGAAUACUCAAGCAUCGGUAACGGAAUUACGGAAUUUCUUCAAACUAAACAAGGGGGGAUUGAAGGGUCGGACACUUGCCUGUGGGAAUCCAAAGAGGACAAGGAAUACCCAAGAACCAGAGCUGUAAUUCCAGAUGUCCUUCAGAGUCCCCUAGAAGAUUAAGGAUCUGGCUGUUGGAAUCGGAAUGGCUGUUCCCCACCUCCUCCUUCAGGGAGCCUUGGAGACCUGUUGAUCGGUUCUGCAAGACAACACAUUUGGGCUUUCUUCAUCGAACAUCGGGACAUAAGAGAAUGUUCUGGAUCAUUCAUCAUUUUUAACUCCAUUCUUUCAAAAAAAACCAUCUCCCUGCCUAUGUCCUGAUCCCUUCCUGUACCCCUAAUGGCUUGCGGUGUGGUUAGCCUUAGCGGUCAGAAGAUUGCCAGUCCCAGCUUACAGUGAAAGCCAAAUCAAGAUAACCCUGCUAUCGCACGGAGUAACCAGAAUUAGAGUUGGAAGAUUCGGAUUAGUCCGAAGGACGACCGAUCACCUUUGGGGUUACAAAAUGGAAGUUUCGUGGACACUGUUUAUGGACAGAACCCUUUCUUGACUGCAGGAUGUUUGUGAUGUGUGGGUUGGCUGGUGGGACUGGACAUUGGGAAGACUGGAAAAAGGGAGUGACUGGGGCAAGAUCGUGACUGAACUGAGGCCAGUCAAUACCUUGACGGCACUUCCAAGAUGGCCUCCUCAGCUGCAGAGGGGCAGGGUCUAAAGAUGCGUCCUUGGACUUUUUGUUGGUGGCCAUUUUGGGGUGCUAAUGGUAAUGGCUGCAGUGCCUCAACGAGCUUGUAAUGUAACACACACACACGCACACACACUUAUUCAUAGCCAAAUUAUGUUCCCAAAAACUUUAGAAAGGACUACAUUUGAUAGAGGAUUAUUUAUCCAGUACUCCAGUACAAAAGCACCAGACAGAUGUGCCUAGGGCAGUGUUUCUCAACUGGUGGGUCGCGACCCAAAAGUGGGUCGCGGAAGGGUCAUGGGUGGGUCGCGGAGCCUUUCUACGCAAUUCUAAAAAAAAAAGUCCAACUUUUCCUGCAACAAUUUACAACUUCUAUUUUGAUAGGCUAGUGAACUCCGUGUCAUCUGUUGUCAUAGAUACAAUCUGAAUGUUUAUGCGAGAUAGAUAGCGUGCAACCAGUCAUUCGAGUCUUGGUUACAUUUUGAGAAUUGCAUUGAAUAGACUUGAACGCUAAAAAAAUUGGGUCGCGACCGAAUGAGAGUGGAAAAUGGUGGGUCCCAAGAAUGUUCCAGUUGAGAACCACUGGCCUAGGGUACCAAGAGCAUUUGUGUAGGCUACGGUAAUUAGCUGUGAUUUGACGAUACAGUGUGGUUGGAAUUUUCCCAACAGAGGUUGUCAGGCUUCUCACUGUCCUCCACAUUGUCUGUGCAUGGUAAUUUUUGAAAUUGGAAUUCCGAGCCCCUAUAUGUAGGCAUAUACAACACACACACACACACACACACACACACACACACACACACACACACACACACACACACACACACACACACACACACACACACACACACACACCAUGCAGUCUUUUGGCUCAUGGUCUUUGUAAAUACUGUGCAAAGUUAUGGUGGAUUUUGCUGAACAUGUCUUUGUCCCUUUUUUCUCCUGAACAUGCCUUAACUGUACAGAAUACCACAGAGUAAAUGCUGGUGUUGCUGGAAAGCAAUUUGGAAGCUGAAAUCCGGUUAGGAGGGGUUAGCCCCUGAGUCAGCUAAUGACAAAAAAAUGUGUAAAUGAGACAAAAUAAGCGAUUGGCUGAGACUAAAGACAAAUGGUGGGGAUGAUGGUUUGAAUUUAUUGUCUAUACUACAUUUUUCUUUGUUCUUUUUUUCUUUUUCUCAAAAAGAGUGAUUCAAUAUGUAGCUGUAUUAAUUAGGCUGUUGGCCUGACGACUAGCGUUUAUGCUAUAUGCAAGGAGGAGCAGCUGACUGGCUGGGGCUAGCAUGCUAAUGUUCGCUAGUUUCCUUUGCCCCAGCACCAUGGCAACCCUCUGCCUCAUUAUUGGAUGCUUCUUGUGUGUUAUUUGCUCAGACAAUUAGACAAAUAGAAUAUCCUUACCAGUUAACUUGAACUGCAUCAUGCAAUCUUUUUCUUGCACAUGCGGAUGCAUUGCUAGCUUAAUUGAUUGUGGGUUUCAUCUGUGGGAAGGCGUCUAGUCAAUGCAUGAUCGUCAUAAGAAGCCAGCUUGGAUCAUUUAGUUGGCUAUGCUUGUGUGACAUCUUUGAUCUAAAGCUUAUGUCGGUAACUGUUCUUGGCAGAAAUAGGCCUACAGUUCAAGUCCAACUUUGACCAUGUCCAUUAUUGUCUGUACAGUAGUAUGACAUUUAAAAUGCAAACACUUGCCCUCAUGUACAGAUACAAUGAGACUUUUGACAACGGUGUGCAGCCAGUUAUCCAUGAUACAUGAUAUCGUCAACUUGCUAAAAGAGCAUUAUUUGGGACAUAUGAGGUUUUCAACGGCAGAAUAUUACUCACUAGUGAGGAUGAAGAUUGAAAACUGCUUCUCCUGGUUGUAAAUCAAUGCAUGGAUGUUAGAAGCCAACGCUUACCAUUUAUCUAGUAUGCAUUCAGUAUGCUUGUGUGACAUAUUUGAUCUAAAAAGCAACUGCUGAUUUAUCUUUUUUUUUCUUUUAAAUUAAAUUGACUGUAUGGGCGUUCACUUGUGGCUAUCAGAUGAUGUAUUGUUCAAGUGAAGUUCCAUCUGUUUGUCAAAAUCAAUUCUUUCCCCCAAAAAACUUUUAUGUAAAGGUACUGCUGAGUGGUAAUCCUAGUCUGACUGUAUAAUGUAGACAUGUAAUGCAGCUCCAAGUGAGACUCAAGUUAAACAUUGAUCAUGGAAGCUGGGUUGUUACAAGAAGGUAGUUCUGAAGCAAACCGUGUUUAGUUAACCUAAAGGUAGAGGUAAAUCAGAUAAUAAAAGACCCUGCUGUCCUCAUUUGCUUAACUAAAUGACACCUUCGAGUUACAUAUUAGCAGGUUUACCUCUCUGUGUAGAUUCAUUUAAACAGGUUUAUCAAGUAACUUUGAUCAUGUCCUUGGAAAAGCCCACUGGUCUUACCCUCAGCAAAUGUAUUGGUUUCCAAAAUGUAUUGUUUUUCGUACAUGAAACAUUUUUGCCCAGUCUAGUCAUCAGAAUUGUUGACUCAACAUCGAUAGGUAAAAAUGCUGAUUACUUUUGCAACACCGGUGGUUUGAAAAAAAGAAAUGGAGAGAAUGAACAGUCUAAAGGAUUUGUGUAUUGUGCAACGUGAUGAUCCAAUCAUAUUCUAAAUAAAUGGCUGUCACUUGUUGCCGCAAAAUUCAAGUGCAUGUUCAUAUAUCUGGAAACAAGGGGAAAAAGGCAAACAAAUUGUUUUUUUAUUUUAAUCUGAUUUUUGGUUUGCUUUUGUUUUUGCCUUCUUGACCAGUCAGCUAUCUCCUGCUCGCAAUCUAUGAAUGUUUUAAUGACAACAGUUAAUUAGAAAAAGAACCACCAUCACAAAUUUGUACAUAAUUUGUUUGUUUGAAGAGAACAAAAGAUUAAAUAAAAUUCAAAGACA